AUGUCAGCCCUCCGUCCACUACGCCCCCUCCUCCGGUCCUCAUGGACCCCAGCCCGCCGCACCUACGCCAGCCAAACCCCCGGCAACCCCGUCCUCGAAAUCUUCAACCGCAAGACAAAACAACUCCAAAAAGACCGCGCAGCACAGAAUGUCGAAGAAAGCCGAAAAGUCGACUACCUCAAGGACGAGGUGGCCUUGCGCUUGUGUGAAAGACUUCUUGAUAUCAAACGGACGUUUCCCAAUGUCCUUGAUCUCGGUGCAAAUAGCUGCAACAUCGCGCGCGCACUAACAACACCAAUCCCCAAUCUUGAUCCAGAGACCGGUGCAGAAACGGGCGACGCAACGACACUCUCUGACCGGAUCGGAAACCUCACCUGCGUUGAAACAUCUCCCGCCCUCUUAAACCGCGAUGCGGAGCUUCCAUUCAACCGUCAUCUCUCUAUUUUCCGCGAGGUCAUACCCAAUCUCGAAUCUCUGCCCUACCAGCCCAACACAUUCGACGCCGUUCUCUCCUCCCUGUCGCUACAUUGGAUUAACGACCUUCCGAGUCUAUUAGCGCAGGUCAACUCGAUUCUCAAGCCGGAUUGUCCGUUCAUUGCGGCCAUGUUUGGAGGGGAUACAUUGUUCGAGUUACGGACGUCAUUGCAGCUUGCGGAUCUAGAACGGAGAGGAGGUGUCUCGCCUCAUGUCAGCCCGCUUGCCGAUGUACGAGAUAGGACAUUGUGGUCGAGUUUCCGAAUACGUUUGCGCUCAUGGCGGACUUACAGGCUAUGGGGGAGAACAAUGCGAUCAUGCAGAGGGAGGCUGGACCGAUCUCAAGGGAUGUACUGUUGGCUAAUGAGGCUAUCUAUCGGGAAUUGCACAAAGAAGAAGAAAGUCGCGGUAUCCCCGCGACAUUCCGGCUGA